GUCAGUGGCAACCGCGCUCGAGUCCCUGCCGCCGCUGCGCUCGUUUGUCUACCUUCCUCAGACUCUUCGCAUCCGACUCGGGGUCUGGCAUAGCCCAUGUCUUCGACGGUACCCGCAUCAUUCGCAAGGUCGACACUGUCAUGGCACGCUUACCUCUCGAAAUCAUCGAAUAUAUCAUCGACCAUCUGUAUGGCGAUGCAGCGACCCUCGGGGCCUGUGCGCUGAUCUGCCGGGCAUUGGUCCCCUCGUCCAGUGUCCAUCGCUUUCGUGCAGUUCGAAUCGACGCUGAUGCUCGGGGAGCUGCGCGACUACGCAAUCUACUCGCUACCUCAGGACACCUGAACCUAUUGAUCCGAAUCCUUGAGCUCGUCCAAGACCACAGCAUGCCCCUUCGCGAGCUGUUUUCCCUCCCGAGGCUACAAAACGUGGUCGAGCUCAGAAUUACCGGACUCGGAUUGACCACAGAGGCCAUCGAUUCACUGCGUACCCUGGACCUCCCGUCGCUCAAACGACUACGCGUACGCAAUUGUCAAGUCUUACAAUUUCGCCACCUUAGAUCCAUAUUGUCAUUCUUCCCCUCUAUCAAUACGCUGGCGAUCCAGGAUAACCUCAUUUGGCCUCGAAGUGGCUUCCCGUCAUCCCCAUCAACACUACAUACCCUGGAUUUGUCGCACGACAUCCAUACCCUUAGAGUCGUCUUGAGUAGCAUGCCCACUCUGGUGUGCAACAACAUGCUUUGCGCUUACGGUCCCGCGGGUCUGCGGCACCUUGAUAUGGCGGUCAAUUGGCUAGCAUUAACGAGAUGGCACCGGGACCCACAAAUUUCCUUGGCCGUAUGCUCAAAGCUGCAGACCUUCACGCUGCGCUGCGUCAUCGACUCGCAGUGCCGGCCCGGAAAUCCUCAUCUGUUUAAGGUCUGCGAACUGCUCGCGCAGCUCGUUACCUCUUCAUUGACGACAAUUACACUGUUCUUUCACGUGUCGACCUCACACGACAAACCUCGCCGCUCUGUACAGUGGGUACAGCUGCGCGCUCUGGAUUGGAGGAGUAUAGAGGCGCGACUCUCCGAGCCGAAGUUCGCAGGGGUGUCGAAGUUCAUUGCCAACGGUAAAGGCAGCGAGUUGCCGUGGCAAGCAUUCCUCGAUAACAAGUUUCCCGAACUGAAUGGCCGCGAGCUUUUGAUAGACUGGGACCUUCAGUAGGUUUGAUCACUACAAUGUGUCGCGGCGCCUACUCCUACGGUACUAAGUAAAAAAACUUACAUUGCAAUGGUACAUCCUACUCCGAAGAUGAACAUUGCGCAUUGCGUAGAGAUGCGCGGAUUCGAGGUUUGGGCCAUUUGUCUUCCUCUCAGCUUGCGAA